AUGUCCCAGAAUAACCUGCUGCAAGAAUACAACUGGGAGACCCAGUAUGAGGAUCCGCAAUUUAAUCGUCCGAUCCCGGAUGAAGUGAUCAGUGUUUAUGAAGUUUACGUGAAAGAAGAGAACAUGAAUUCCGAUUGUAGAAACGAUGUCACCAUCCUACCAGCUUUGACCGAUCAUCAAUUAAUGCAGGGUGAUUGCAUGAACCUAGACGUCGCGAUAGAUUCCGAAGUAAUUAACGUUGACGGUACCGUGGCUAAAUUCCUUGGAAAAGAUGCUUUUAAGUACAAGAUGCUGGAGCAGCACGUCAAUUCGCCUAACGACGACGCUGUGACGUUCGCGCGGCCGAUCGAGGCACCCUCCUCUUCCUCGAAUCGUUUGAUCGACAAAGACGACCCGCGGUCGAAGCUACACUUCGUCAAGUAUUUGAAACGCGACGGGAAAACGCUAAAGAUCUGGGAAUGCGGGAUUUGUUCGAAGGAGUUCCGUCAUCAGUACACGUUGAUGAGACAUUUGCCGACGCACACUGACGAGCGUAACUUUAAGUGCGAGGCUUGCGGCAAAGCUUUCCGGCAGUUGUCGACUCUGAGCCAACACAAGGCGAUACACAGCGACGCCAGGCCGUACGUCUGCGAGUUCUGCAAGAAAACUUUCAACAGGGUAUCCACGUUGAUCUCUCACCGGAAGACUCAUUCGGAACACAAGCCGCACAAGUGCCAAGUCUGUGGGAAAGGAUUUCAUCAAAAAGGCAAUUUGAGGAACCACGUGUUUACCCAUACGAACGAGAGGCCGUACAAAUGCGAGCUCUGCGGCAAAGGGUUCAAUCAGAUGUCGAAUUUGGUCUGCCACAAGGUCAAAGCGCAUGCACACGCGGAGAAAAUGCAGCACGUGUGCAGAAUCUGCGGCAAAGAGUUCCCGCGCCGGUCCGCUUUGAGAUCGCACGAGGAGUACAAGCACGGCAUAAAGUAUCGACACCCGACCGGGUUGCAGACCCUCUCGACCAUCAACGAUCCGAACGUCAUAAGAAAUAAGAACGUCAGGAUCGUGCAGCUGCCGAACGGCGACAGGAAUACCGAGGUAAGAAACGAGGACGUGUUGAAACAGUCAGACGUGGUGGAUUCAAUAAUAAUAGACAAGAUCGAUACGAAGGCAAUGGAGAUGGCCCUGCUGGAAGGGCACACGCCGUUCGCGCUUUUCAAGCCUGCCAAGGGAAUGCCGAUCCUCGUCAAGAUCACUCCAACCAGUACUCAUAAACACAUUUUGACACCCGCGACACCGGAAGAUCUCCGAUUAGCAGGGAAGGUGAGCCUGAGUCCUACGAUCUCGACCGACGUUGACAGGAUGAAGUCUAUCCAAGUGAAGGUACCUGUGGUGGCGAGCGUGACUCAGAACAUAGACGCUGACGGGAAGAUCAGUUUUAGCGUUGACCCGCCCGGCCCCGAGAACGAACACGAGAGCCUGGUGACCGCGUUGGAUUCCCAGUUCACGUACGCCGAGGCGAUCCGGAACGAGCUCGAUCGCCAGAACGGUGCUGCCGAGAACUCUGUGAUGGAGGACUGUAACGAGCUGCUGGAACUCGCUGCACAGGGUGGGAUACAGUUCGUCCGAGCCACCGAGGACGGCCGUUACGAGGUGAUGACCAGCACCGAGGCGCGGGAUCUGAUGGCGCAGAACUCGCACGACAUGACGAUCCUCGAGGACGAGGAAGCGCAGACGAUUAACAUGGUGAAUAUGCGCGGUAAUGGGGGCGAAGUCAUCAUCGGGGAAUCCAAUAAUCAGGUCAUGAUGGUCGACCCCGGAACCGCGCAGAAAUCCAUGUCGAUGGACGGGAUCGAGAUUCUAGAAGACAAGGACAUCCACGUCCUCAACAAGAGCCUCGACGACCGCUUUGUGGACAGCAUGAGCUUCCUCUCACAAUCAAAAAUCGAUGACCUGAUGCUGGGCCCGAAGCCAUUGACGAUUGACGGUAGCGUGGCUGUCGAACACGAUGACGAGGCUAUAGCAGUGCCAUCGAGUCAACAGGAACUGACUAACAUCCUUAGUCAUCGGAGCGACAUGUCGACUCUGACGACUACUUCUCAGUCGUCUAUGCCCUCGUUGUUAAUGAAAAAUCAUACGUCCCUUUCGAUUUUAAAUGAUACACUCCCCUACCUGAAGAGUAACACUAGUUUAACUGAGGAUUUAAAUAUUCUGGGGAAUUCUUCUAUGGACGAUCACGAUUCCGUGUACGAGUCCAAGAUGAAAUUGCCUUCAGUUUUCGACGACGCCGAAACGGACACUAGCUUGAUACCUAUUAACCAAUCGGAUAUAAAGAUUCUUGGAACGGAGAGCGUUAGCACUAAGGUUCUCGGCAGCAAACCGAAUUACCUGCAGUCGAAAUUAUUCUCCGGGCUGAACGAGGUGAAGAUCCUGGGCCCGAAGAACCGUAGCCAAGAAAUCAUGACGUCGCAGUAUCAGGACGUGAAGCUGCUCAGCCCGUACGAGCAGUUUUUGAAGAGCACCGCCUCGAACACGAACGGCUGCGACACCGUCGGCGGGACGAUGAGCUCGGGUUCCUCCGCCGGCAGCGGAUGUCGGAAGGAGGUGAAGAUUCUUGGCAAGAAGUUGGGAACUGGCAUUAUUACCAGCACCGAGGAGGGAAACGUGGUCGAAGUCAUCGAGGAAAAGACCAAGCUGAUGAUGGACGAUGCGGGACUUUGCAACAGCACAGAGGUAACAGUGAUCUCGUCGCCGAGACUGGACAGGCAGAACAGCAGCUCGGACACCUUCCUGCUUCAAGCCUGUAGCCCGUGCGGUUCGGACUUUUUGAAUUUCGAGAACCGUUUGAAAGACGCCGCGUCGCCGCAGCCGCCGCCGCCGUCGCUGCCGUCGACGUCGUCGCACGAUCACUUCGAGCGGAACCAGAAGGAUCCCAGGGACAGUUUUGGCACCACCGGCGGCCUACCGGAUCUGGAUUGA